AUGUUGCUGCAUUCGAACGGUGUAAGUCUGCUUUCACUUUUCGUCAUCACUGUGAUGUUGUUUGCGCUCUCCGCCGGAUAUCCUUCCAAGGAGAAAUUAAAGAUUCGCAUACAUGUGCCCGUGAAGCAUCACACACACGUACACACCAAGACCGUCAUAAAGAAAGUACCGCUGCCAAUACCGGUGCCGGUAAAAGAACAUGAACCCGUCAAAGAGCAUCAUCACCAUCAUUAUGAGAAGGAGGCGGAGGAGGACUUUGAAGGUUAUGAUUAUCCGAAGAAAAAGCGACAAGUGCGGCAUCCUUUCGUUUGAGCAUUAAGUGCGGCUUGUGCAGAAGGAACAAAGAAAAGCAACAAUGCAAAAGGAGACAAGAAGGAUAAGCUUAAAGAAAAGGCUUACG